AGGUCGGGCAUGGAGCACCUGGAGCGCUGCGCGUGGGUCCUCAGGGGAACACUGGUGCGGGCGGCUGUGCGGCGGUACCUGCCCUGGGCCCUGGCAGCUUCCAUGCUGGCGGGGUCCCUCCUCAAGGAACUCUCACCGCUGCCCGAGAGCUAUCUCAGCAACAAACGCAACGUCCUCAACGUGUAUUUUGUCAAAGUGGCCUGGGCCUGGACCUUCUGUCUCCUCCUGCCUUUCAUCGCCCUCACCAACUACCACCUGACAGGCAAGGCUGGCCUGGUCCUGCGGCGGCUGAGCACCCUGCUCGUGGGCACGGCCAUCUGGUACGUGUGCACGGCCAUCUUCUCCAACGUGGAGCACUACACGGGCAGCUGCUACCAGUCGCCAGCCCUGGAGGGGGUGAGAAACGAGCCCCUGAGUAAGCAGCAGUGCCACGGGCAAGGAGGCUUCUGGCACGGCUUUGACAUCUCCGGCCACUCCUUCCUGCUGACCUUCUGCGCCCUCAUGAUUGUGGAGGAGAUGGCCGUGCUGCACGAGGUGAAGACGGACCGAAGCCACUGCCUCCACGUGGCCAUCACCGCCCUGGUGGUCGCCCUGGGCUUCCUGACCUUCAUCUGGGUGUGGAUGUUCCUGUGCACCGUUUACUUCCACAACUUGUCCCAGAAAGUGUUUGGCACCCUGUUCGGGCUACUGGGCUGGUACGGGACAUACGGGUUCUGGUACCUGAAAUCCUUUUCCCCUGGCCUUCCUCCCCAGAGCUGUAGUUCGAACUUGAAGCAAGACAGUUAUAAGAGAUAAAAGAGGUGCACAAGGGAUG